AUGUCGCACCUCCGAAGUGGCGACUUUGCUCUAAUGCAGGAGCUCGGGGACUUCCCUGAUGACGACCUAAAGGUGGACCUGGUGGAGAAGGAGUGUCGCACAGUCCGGCACCCCGUACCUCACGAUGGAGUGGAGUUGGAUCCCCACGUGAGAGAUUGCGUCAAGAGUUACACCCAGCCGUGGCUUGUGGUGUCCAGAAGGUGCCAAGGGGAUGGCUGGAGUGCGUAUUCAGAGCGAGCCGGUCUGCACAAGCUCCUUCAAAAACAGACAUUUGAGUCCGAUGUGCAGUCACUCAAAGAUGACACACCAAUGAGCAGUCGGGAGACGGCGUUUGCGUUAUUUGUAAACCAGGAGAUCGUCGCGAAAAUAGUCGCAUUGACCAACAUCCAAGGGCUCCGAUCGCUCAAGAACUGGUCUCCCCUCACGCCUCAAGAGCUGCGGGCGUAUAUCGGGCUGCUUAUCCUAGCUGGAAUGUACCGCUCCAGGCAUGAAGCGACGAGCAGCUUGUGGCUGCUGAGUUCUCUGGCUCGGUCUCGCUCAGAACAAACGGGGUCAAACGUCUUCUUUAGGGCGUCUUUAAAUGAGGACAAGACAUGGCAUGAUAGUGAAUCGCGCUCCCACUCCGCCAUGGCCCAGGCCCGGGCCCGUCCAGACAUGUGGGACACCAUGAAGGCAAUGCGAGAGCGGUCGGUGGUGAACUCGUGGGGGGAACAGUCAAAGUGCAUACUGCAUUCAGUGAUGAAAGCUUGGCUAGUACCUGGGUCCCCGCAGAAUCGCUCUGGCGGCGCCAAUCUUGGUCCUCUUCCAGGAACCAGGGAGGAAGAAACCGGAGGGGGGCAGUCAGGGUUAUUGGAAACGGAAGCUGGUUGUGCUGGGAGUAGCCGGGCUGUCAAGUCUCCGAGUUUAGCAGGGCUGAAUGAUGACUCUGGCCGGACACUGACCUCCUCAGACUUUAACCUGCGUUGUUUGACCCCGGACCAGAGGGUGGGGGGGCUAUUGGCUUUCAGCAGUCCUGAAGAACUUGACCGCUUCAACCAGGAGAGCCGACAGGGAAACAGACACCCUGAGAUCUUUGCGCUGUACCCACCCGCUGACGAGGAAGACGCGGUAGAGAUCCGACCCGUCCCCGACUGCCCCAAAGAACACACUGGAGACCGCAUCCUGAUCCGAUGCCAAGCCAUCAAGUUCGAGAUUGAUAUUGAGCCCAUAUUUACAACCAUGGCCUUAUAUGACCUGAAAGAGAAGAAAAAGAUAUCCGAGAAUUUCUACUGUGACAUGAACUCGGAGCAGUUUAAAGGCUUCCUGCGAUCGCACACUCCACAUGUAGACCCAUCUUCUCUAGCCCGGUCAGCCAUCUUCUCUGUCACCUACCCUUCUCCGGACAUCUAUCUUGUCAUAAAGAUUGAAAAAGUCCUUCAACAAGGCGAGAUUGGGGAAUGUGCCGAACCUUACAUGAUGAUGAGGGAUUGUGAUUCGUCAAAGAACAAGGACAAGCUGGAGAAGCUUCGAGGCCAGGCUGAGACUUUCUGCCAGAGGCUGGGUCGCUACCGAAUGCCCUUUGCCUGGGCCACCGUCAACAUUAUGGAAGUCAUCAGCACUGCUGCCCUUGACCGAGAUCUCAUUGAUUCCGACAGUGUAAAAGGGAAAACAAGCAGCAUAGAUCGUAAAGCGCAGCUGCCCCGGAGAAACUCUGAACGUUUCAGCACCUUUGAUGAGCAGCCAUGUAACAUCUCUGCCUUCAAGCCUGCCACCAUCACCAUCAGCACCAUCUUCAAACAGGAGGGAGAUCGGUUGAGUGAUGAGGACUUGCUCAAAUUCUUGUCCGAGAUUAAGAAAACAUCCACUCCACAAAGACGAAUCAAGACAAUACCUGGUUCCAUAAAGUUGGACAUGUCUCCACUGCAUGACUUACCUCAGGCCUGUUUGUCCACCGAGCUCAUCCCCCUCAUUCCUGUGGCUGAAAGGAACAUACGACAUGUCAAAGAAGUGCUGGAGUUCCCUUCUAGUGAGGUUUACGUCCCUCAUAACGUUUACAGGAACCUGCUCUUCAUUUAUCCCCAGAGGCUGAAUUUUGUUAACAGGUUGACGUCUGCACGAAACAUCACAAUCAAAAUCCAGUUUAUGAGUGGAGAAGACCCCAGCUGCGCUUUACCUGUAAUUUUUGGCAAAUCAAGUGGGCCUGAAUUUGUGCGAGAAAUUUACACCCCUGUUACUUACCAUAACAAAUCACCUGAUUUCUACGAAGAGGUAAAGAUGGCACUUCCUGCCCGUCUAACGGAGCGACACCACUUGCUCUUCACUUUUUAUCAUAUCAGCUGCCAGCAGAAACAGAACCAGAGCAACAACUGUGAAACGCUCAUUGGCUACUCUUGGCUCCCAAUAUGGAUUAAUGACAGACUGCACACUGGUCAAUUCUGCUUGCCUAUUGUCUUGGAUCGACUACCUCCUAAUUACUCGCUGCACACUGCUGAGAAACUUCCUUCUCAGAUGCCCCUAGUCAAGUGGAUGGAAAGUCACAAGGGAUUGUUCAAUCUGGAGGUUCAGGCUGUAUCUUCUGUGCACACGCAAGACAACCACUUGGAGCGCUUCUUCACCCUGUGUCACGCUCUGGAGGGUGGAGCCACAUUCCCGCUGCGCGUCCGAGAGGAGAAGAUCCCCGAAAACAAGCUGGAGCACGAACUAAAGCUCAGCAUUAUCUCCCUGUCGUCAUCCAGCCUUGAGCCGCUGGUGCUCUUUCUUCAUCUGGUACUGGACAACCUGUUCACGCUCAUCAUGCAGCCUAUGCUCAUUGCUGGCCAGACCGCCAACCUGGCCCAGAUUGCCUUCGAGUCCGUGGUGUCCAUUGUUAAUAGUCUCCAUAACAGUCAAGAGCUGACCAGGGAUCAGCAGGGACGCAACAGCUUGUUGGCCACCUAUGUGUACUGGGUGUUUCGUCUUCCUGACCCCCCUCGAGACAUUCCAAACGGAACGGGUGGUGUUAUGCCAUCCGCAGAGAGCCGUUACAGUACGAUGGGGCGAGCCUCUGCAGCUACGGUGGGCAGCAUGCUUCUGCAGUCCAGGAUUCGCAGCAGCAGCAACCCCGACAUUCCUGCACCGCACUCUUCUGCUGAGGAUGCUGAAGUCAAACACAUCUUGGCUGCUAAGCAGUUUCAUGAGGAGUUGGCCCUGCAGAUGGUGGUUAGCACUGGGGUGUGCAGGGAGAACGCAUACAAAUAUGCCUGGUUCUUCUUUGAACUGCUGGUAAAAAGCAUGGCCGAGCAUGUUUCUCAGCUGGACCAGAACAACGUACCAAGGAGGAGCCGCUUCUCAGACCGCUUUAAAGACGACAUCACCACCAUCGUCUCUGUGGUCACGGCCGAGAUCGGGACCAUCCUGGUCAAGCAGCAGAAGGAGGUGGAGCAGGCGGAGAAAGUCAACAUCAGCUUGGCCUUUUUCCUGUAUGACCUGCUUUCUCUCAUGGACCGAGGCUUUGUUUUUUUGCUGGUGAAAAACUACUGCAAUCAGAUGUCUGCCAAAAGUGUUUCGAUGCCAACACUGAUCAGCAUGCGUUUGGAGUUUCUGCGAAUCCUUUGCAGUCACGAGCACUACCUCAACCUCAGCCUGUUCUUCAGCAGUCCAGCCUCGGCUCCCGCCUCUCCAUGCCCGUCUAUCUCCUCGCAGAGUUCUGGUUCAUGUAGUUUCCAAGAGCAGCAAAGGAUCCUGGGCCUGUUUGAGCUUUCUCAGGAGUUUAAACAGCAACACUACCUCACCGGCCUCCUGCUCACCGAGCUCAGCGCGGCCCUCGACAUGGAGACAGAGGGAGGCAAGGUCCAGAAAAAGGCCAUCAAUGCCAUCUUCAGCUUGCUGUGCUCUCACGAUCUGGAUCAUCGCUGCAUCAAGAGUGAAGUCAGAGCCAAAAUGGCUGCCCUGUACCUGCCUCUGGUGGGCAUCAUCAUUGACUCCACCAACUACUUGGAUUUUACCGUGUCAGACGCACGCGGCGCGAAGAACAAAAGUGGUGGACCUGAAGACGACCUUGACAGCGUGCCGCCCAUCAAUCAAUCUGUUGCCAUGGCGAUCGCUGGCAACCCCUUCAACACGCUAGGGAGGAACGUUCUUGUUUCCAUGGCGUCCAUGCAGGGUAAGUCUGUAGCCACCCUGGCAGCAGACACCAGCCGCCACCUGCUGGUAUGCUUCCUGUGGGUGAUGAAGAAUGCUGACCAUGGAUUGAUACAGCGCUGGACUGUGGACAUGCCUCCCUCGCUGCUCAACAAGCUGCUAGAGCUCCUUACUAUCUGUGUGUCCUGUUUCGAGUACCGGGCUCACCAGAGCAGCGAUAAAGUGAGCACACAGGCUUUACAGAAAUCCCAGCAGGCUAAGCUCCAGCUGGAAGAAGCCUUGCUGAGAGGAAUGGGAGCCCGCGGGGAAAUGAUGAAGCGAGUCGGAGGAAUGGACAGAACAACGGGUCAAAGGGAAAACUUGCGUUGGAGGAAAGAUCUCACCCAGUGGAGACAGACCAACGACAGACAUGAUAAGACCAAAGCAGAGUUGGACCAGGAGGCUCUGAUCAGUGGGAACUUGGCCACAGAGGCAAAUCUUAUUGUAUUGGACCUGCUGGAGACCAUUGUGCAGGCGGUGCCAUUAGCAGACUGUAAGGACAGCGUGGUGGGAGGUGUGUUGAAGGUGCUACUCCACUCGCUCACCUGCAACCAGAGCAGCACCUUCCUUUCACACACCUUCAGCACACUCAGGGCACUCGUUGUCAAGUUUGGUGAGUUGCUUUUUGAAGAAGAGGCUGAACAGUGUGCCGACCUAUGCCAGAAGGUGCUCCAGUAUUGCAGCAGCCCCGUAGACGAAAAUCGGAGUCAAGCAUGCGCCACCCUCUACCUCAUCAUGAGAUACAGCUACAGCAAUGCCAGUAACUUUUCCAGGGUGAAAAUGCAGGUCACCAUGUCGCUGGCUUCACUUGUGGGGAAGUCCUCCGACUUCCAGGAGGAACACUUAAGGCGUUCCCUGCGCACCAUCCUGGCCUAUGCCGAGGAGGACGCCGAGAUGCAAAACACGCAGUUACCACUACAGGUAGACGAGCUCCUGAGGAACCUCAACAGCAUCUUGUCGGACACAGUAAAGAUGCGAGAGUUCCAAGAAGACCCUGAGAUGCUCAUGGACCUUAUGUACAGGAUAGCAAAAGGCUACCAGACGUCGCCUGACCUGCGUUUGACAUGGCUGCAGAACAUGGCGGAGAAGCACAACAACAGGAAGUGCUACACCGAGUCGGCUAUGUGUCUCGUUCACGCCGCCGCGUUGGUGGCCGAGUAUCUCAGUAUGCUGGAAGAUCACAAAUACUUGCCCAUUGGCAGUGUCACCUUCCAGAGCAUCUCCUCCAACGUGCUGGAGGAGUCGGCCGUGUCAGAUGAUAUCCUGUCCCCCGACGAGGACGGCGUGUGUUCGGGUCGCUACUUCACUGAGAGCGGCCUUGUGGGGCUGCUGGAGCAGGCUGCCGAGCUGUUCAGCAACGGGGGUCUGUAUGAGGCAGUUAAUGAGGUCUAUAAGGUAAUCAUUCCCAUCCUGGAGGCACACAGAGACUUCAAGAAACUGGCGUUCACUCAUGACAAACUGCAGAGAGCCUUUGACAACAUCAUUCAGAAGGGUCACAAAAGGAUGUUCGGCACCUACUUCCGGGUGGGUUUUUACGGCAGCAAGUUUGGAGACCUGGAUGAGCGGGAAUUCAUUUACAAGGAGCCAGCCAUCACGCACCUCCCUGAGAUAUCGCACCGUUUGGAGAAUUUUUAUGGUCAAUGUUUCGGGGAGGAUGUCCUUGUGAUGAUCAAAGACUCUACACCUGUGGAUAGAAAACAGCUCAACCCCAACAAGGCCUACAUCCAGGUUACAUACGUGGAGCCAUACUUUGAUGACUAUGAGAUGAAAGACCGACUAACUAACUUUGAGAAGAACUUCAACCUGCGUCGCUUUAUGUACACGACGCCCUUCACCAAGAGCGGGCGCCCGCGGGGUGAGCUUAACGAGCAGUACAAGAGGAAGACCAUACUCACCACAAUGCACGCCUUUCCUUACGUCAAGACUCGCAUCAACAUCAUCCAGAAGGAGGAGUUUGACCUGACUCCCAUUGAGGUGGCCAUCGAGGACAUGCAGAAGAAGACCAGGGAGCUGGCGGUGGCCACGCACAGAGAGCAACCAGACGCUGUCAUGUUACAGAUGUUGUUGCAAGGUUCAGUGGGAGCCACUGUUAACCAGGGCCCGCUGGAAGUGGCCCAGGUCUUCCUGAAUGAGAUCCCGGCGGACCCUAAGCUCUUCCGUCACCACAAUAAACUGCGGCUGUGUUUCAAGGAGUUUAUUAUGAGGUGUGGCGAAGCCGUCGAGAAGAACAAGCACUUGAUCACGUCUGACCAGAAGGAAUAUCAGCAGGAGCUGAAGAAGAACUACAACCGCCUGCGUGAGAACCUGAGGCCCAUGCUGGAGAGGAAGAUCCCCGAGUUAUACAAGCCCAUCAUUAGACCUCGGCUGGAGAAUAGGGAUUCCUUCAAACGUCUGAGUUUCCGCAAAACUCAGGAGGAAGUCUCCUGA